GUAGGCGCCGCCCCCGCCGCCUCUGCCCAUUGGUUCCGAAGAGAGCCACCGAGCGUGGGCCAAUGGGGAGCACUGGCAGCCGGCGCCAGCGGCGCUGGGCUGGCGGUGCCCGUGCGGCGGCGGGAGCUGCGCGCGAGGGGCGGAGCGGGAGGAGGCGGAGGAUGAUCCCGGCAUCGGCGGGUGCAGCGCGGGCCAGAGGCACGGCGUGCGAAACCUUGGGUUCCCCAGCGGAACGUGGCGGCGGGCGGACGGGCAGGCGCGGGGUUCUAGAGCCCAGGGCCUGGCUUUGUUUUCCUUGUCUCCUCGGUGGCGACGCUCAGGGGUCGUCCGAUCGACACAGGACACCGCGCUCGGAAGGGAAGGGGAGGACAAAAAAAGACCAAAUGGCCAAGCAACCUUCUGAUGUAAGUUCUGAGUGUGACAGAGAAGGUGGACAAUUGCAGCCUGCUGAGAGGCCUCCCCAGCUCAGGCCUGGGGCCCCUACCUCCCUACAGACAGAACAGCAAGGUAAUCCUGACGGUGAAGGGGACCGCUGCCCCCACGGCAGCCCGCAGGGCCCGCUGGCCCCACCGGCCAGCCCUGGCCCUUCUGCUACCAGAUCCCCACUUUUCAUCUUUGUGAGAAGAUCUUCUCUGCUGUCCCGGUCCUCCAGUGGGUAUUUCUCUUUUGACACAGACAGGAGUCCGGCACCCAUGAGUUGUGACAAGUCAACACAAACCCCAAGUCCUCCUUGCCAAGCCUUCAACCAUUAUCUCAGUGCAAUGGCUUCCAUAAGGCAGUCUCAGGAGGAACCUGCAGAUAUCCGCCCGGAGAUAUGGAUUGCACAGGAGCUUCGGCGGAUUGGAGACGAGUUCAACGAAUCUUACAGAAGGAGGGUAAAUAAUUACCAAGAGGAUGAAGACCACCCUCACCACCCUCAAAUGGUUAUCUUACAACUGUUACGCUUCAUCGUCCGACUAGUAUGGAGAAGGCAUUGACAGGAUCUUCACGCCACCAGGAUAAAUGUGGACAUCGGUCUUGUUCAGACCACCAGAAUCCCAGCACCUCCAGUCUCCUGGCACCAUGACGAUGCAGCCAGUGGCUCUGUCCCAGAGAGGUGCUGAGGGUGGCGGACACACUGCCCUGUGUCGAUGUGAACUUAACCUUUCUGCUCCUCUCCACAUGGCAGGAUUUCCAGUAGACAUUUGUUGUGAAUGUAAACAAGGGAGGGCUCUUCUCUUAUUAGUGUACAGAUCCUGGGACUUUGGAGCAGCAUCAUAUGCAAGAAAGGUGUUUACAUGUGGUGUGUUCAUUUGUUUUUUAAACCUGCUUUCUUUGAUAACCAUUUGGUUGGUGCGUGCCCCCCCCCCCGUGUUUUAGGUUUCUUUUUUUGUUUUUUCAGAAAAGAAAUGAAAACUUUUUAGCCAACUUCUGGAUGAUUUUUAUACUAAAAUCCUAAGGACCUGUUGCCUAUUCUCAGAGGAUAUGGAACCCUGCAGUGGGUACUGAGCCAGCUGACUUAUACGGCUGCCUUAGUUUAUUUUUGGAGAUUACUGUACAGAAUUUUUUAGCAGUGAGAGUAUGGUGUUGCCCUCUCUCCUCUGCUAUGGCUUCUCUGAGUUCCUUUUUCAAUUAUUGCUACCAAAACAGUUCUUAGGAAAUGGAAUGGGUUGAAGUGGCAAAGGGUGUGUCCCUCCCGUUUGUAAAUGCUUACCUCCUUAGCCCAGUUGCUUCUGUGGCAAACUCUCACACUUUCUGUGUUUUUCUCAUCUCCCCAUACUCCUCCGUCUGUCUCCACACUGAUGCACAGGUUUGGCCCAGGGUAUUCUCAUGAUGCAAUGUGUUUGGGUCAGCAAGGGCUAGGGGUUGCCGGGAUUGUUCCCAGCCCCAUCAAUCAAGCUGACUCACGGGAAGGGCUUUUGUCCACCUCACUUCACUGUGGUGGGUUUGUUUGUCUCUUACAUCUGGAGAGACUGCAGACUCACAAUGUUUACUGAAGCUGUUAACUCUUUUGGUUGCAGGCUUUGCUACAGUCAUGGGCUCUGCCUUGCUGCAUGUAUCAGAUGGGCCAGAGCCCAUACUUUUCUUGGGGAUUGACCAGUUCACUUGGGGAGCAAGGGGCUCAAGUAGUCAUUUUCCUUGGCAUGCUUCUUGGCAUUUAGCCCUGCGCAUCCCACCUGGCCCAUGAUACCUGAACGUCAUCCCCAUUCUUUUGAACCUCCCUUGAAAUAGAGACUGGCUCUGCCUCACCAGUGACCAUACAUAGGAAACCUCCAUUACAUCAAAUGAAGCAUCCUUUUUGGUCUUCCAAAAGAUGAUUGACUACUUUGUUCUCCAUUUUUUUAAACAGUUGAAUCUUGGUGGGCCACCUGUGUCUGGGGUGGGGGGUGCUCUUUCUUGGUACCUACCCCUUGGGGCCGUGGGCACCAGAAGCCCACUCAUUGGUCAGCCAUUUCAAGGGCAGGCAGGACUGGAGGUGUGUAGCCUGGUGAAGGACCAAUUCCCUAUCAUGUGCAAGGCCCUGGGCUCCAUUCCCAUCUCCUCCCAAAACAAACAGCACACAUGUAGGCAGACAACCAGGGAAGACACAAGAAGGACAGGAAAGAACAUCAGAGGGGUGGGGGGGGGCUGUGAGCCCUCUAACUUGUGAAAACUUCAAUCAUCAGGCAGCUUGCUUAGAGAAGCACAUGCGUUUCCAAGCAAGUUCAGCAGUGCCAACAACUGUUUGCUUUUGCCCGGUAGAGGGCCAGUGUUUUUACAUUAUUAAGUAGAGAAAUCCAUUCAUUCCUACGUUCCUCUGUGUGUGUGUGUGUGUGUGUGUGUGUGUGUGUUUGUGUGUUUAUAUAUAUGUAUAUAUAUAUAUAUUGUCUAUAUGCUUUUCCUUCUAGAUUGAGAUCACUAGAUUCCAAAUAUUCUUCCUUUUAAAACCACUUCUUUCCAGCUUCCUUAGAUUAUUGUUUGAAAGCUGUGUUGGCGCUCACCUUGUUUGCUGAUAUGUUGAGCCUAUUGAGGGUUCCCAUAUGGCCCACUGUUACAAGGUGAUAUUAAGAGUGCAGCAUGGUUUUGCUACACACACACACACACACACACACACACACACACACACACACACACACACACACCAAAGACAUGUGGUUCUGGGCCACCCCACUCCUAGGACCUCUGUGCUCAUGGGCCAGUCUCCAACUAGAGCACUUUGCUGUCUCAGCUCUGUGGUACCUCUUUGGCAGGUGCGGAAGGCUCCCAGAGCCAGGUGCCAGUGGCAUGUGUGGCCCUUCAAGCAGGCUUACCUCUGGCCCAUUGGCCUCCAGCCUGGGGCUGGCUAUGAAAGCAGCUCAUGGGGAAAUAAAAGGUUCUAUGAAUUGUAGAAGUAUUCAAAACCAGGAUGUGGCACCAGGAACUUAAACAUGACUGUAUGUCCCUGUACUGUAUCUGUUUAUUAAAAUGCAAAUAAGAAAGUAUGUCUGCCCACUGUGGGUAGACCCUUGUACUUAAUUUUUAUUUUAUUAUUGUUAUCUCUCUCUUUUUUUUGUGGUAGAGCAGAAACUCCGUGUGUGUGUGUGUGUGUGUGUGUGUGUGUGUGUGUGUGUGUGUGCGCGCGCGCGCGCGUGUGAAUACAAUGCGGGUUUUGUGCCUUGACAGCCUCCCCAUGUGAGGUCUGUAAAAAAGUGAAGUCCUGUGACUUCACCCCAAGAUGCAAUAAACACACAAAAUGACUUCCUGAGUAAUUCUUCAGAUUUCCUUUCCAGAAAGAAUUUGAUGGAUUGGGGAGGGGGGCGGGGAGGGGCUAAAAAAAUCAGUUUAAAAUCUCUUUUCACUAAAGUAUAUAAUGGAUAAUGUACACAACCUCUCCUGUUUCCUCUUAGUGUUGUAUAUAUUUUGACUAUUUAUUAGAUUAGGAAGUCGUGUUUUAUUCAUCAACUGAGCCAAAUGUCUGUGUGCAAUUGUGUUUCCUUUACCUUUCUUUGUAAAAUUUUGUACGGCAUAAAUGAGUGUAAAAAAAAUCACUGUUUUUCUAAACUUCUCAGAAUUAAGGAUUGUAAAUAUCGUAGGUUCUUUUUCUGUGUAAUGUGCCCUACUGUUUCAUAAUGCUGUAACUUGUAGAAAUGUUGUAUAUUUAUUUUCUGCUUAUUUAAUGUCUUAAGUUCUUGAAAGUGUUGACAUCCCUGUCCCCCAUACCCCUGCCAUCCCAUGCAUUACUUCAGCUCCUGAGGUGUGGGGAGUGGUGACUGAGUCUGCUUUCCCAAGGUGGCUCCCGCUUUGCCUCCUGGUAUUCAUUUAUUUGAUUCUUUCUGAUGAAAUUAGUAUUUUGCUGCCCGUGAGAUACCCUAGAUGUGGUAGGCUGGAAGACUGGACUCUAAAAAAAAUACCCCCAUCAAAUUAAUUUGUUGUAAAGCAGCUGGCUCCUGAGAAAAACAGAUUUACCAGUGAGUUGACCAUAUCUAGAGAAGUAUUAUCAGCAGAUGGGGAAGGAUUCUUUUUCCUCCAUUAAAAGAGUAUCUUUGAUAACUCAGUGUUGAGAGAAAUACAAUCCUGCCACCUCUUGAGGUGCUGCUGUGUGGCUGUCCUGGGUAGGAGGAGGACCAAUGGGGCAUUGCCAAGACCACCUGUCUCACCAGGACACUUGCUGGCUACAGUCCCUACCUGCUGUGUGGUUCCUAGGUUGAGGUAUAUAGCCUGAAGUGAGGAGCUCAGCCACUCGGCUCCCUCUCUGGGUCACUGCAUUAGUCCAGCCUGCUUCUGCAGGGCCAUGCCCUUUCUCCAACUCUUCUUAUCCCUCAAGAAGAGGUCAGAGUCCCCACUGGCCUGGGUUUUCAAGAUGAAAAGACUCACGGAGGUUCUAGAGGCAUGUGACUUAAUGUAGAUGGCUCUGUCCUCCCUGCUGAUUUAGCCUCGUGCCUGUGUGUGUCAGCUCGGUACGGCGCGUGUGCGGGUUGUGUCCACAUGUGUUGCUAAAUUAGCGGGGAAUCCCUCCCAAACAGCAUUGUGCAGAGCAUCCUCAAGCUCCCAGCAAAGUACUUGACUGCUUUUAUUUGGGAAUUUGAAAUUUAAUAGUUCAAAUAGGUUUUAAUGUCUAGGUUCUUUGACCACUGGUUACUGUAUCCAAACCUGUCAGGUACCCUUUAAUAAGUAGCACUGAUCUCUGUGUAUAGUGCCCCAUCACUAACGUGUCCAAGGACCCAGCGUAUGUAGCAUUUGUAUUGCAGUUUCCCUGGCUUCCUUUAUGUUUUGCACUGAUGAAUUUUGACAGGGUAAUUGCCACUGUACUUGUGCAAUACUGCUGUAAAUAACGCAGAUUUUUUUUAAGAAACUCAAUCUUUUAUGUUCCUAAUGAAUUUUAUAUAAAUAAAACUUGCAACUAGC